UUUUUUAUCAAUUUUUAUUUAUUAAAUAUCACGUCGAGUAAAGUUACAGAACAACUGAUUUCAUUGAAGAUUACACCAUGCGAACAAUAUAAAGCGUUAACAAUGUCAUGUCACUACGAACACUAUAUACAAUAUGUUUUAAUAAGAUGCAUAAAACAUAGUAUUAAUGAUCACCAAUGACGAGGAAGCAAACAUAUGUAAGACAGUAAACAUAUUAACUUGUAACGUGUACACUGUGAAAUUGUUUGUGUUACUAUUUAGAGUUACACUAAUAAUAUUAAAUUAUCGUUUUGAAUUAAGACAUUGUUCCAAAUAAAGAUACUCCAAUCAUCCCAAUGACAUCACAUAUUAAAAGAGUUUACGACUGGCUUUAAUUGAGUGAGACGACGCUGGACCGAUCGCCAGCGACUGUUCCAAUCUCGAUUGCACCACUCGUGUCAGACUAGAUACGUUGUAGAUCAAUAUAACAAUUAAUAUGUCGACUUACAUCGCUGGAUUCAUAUUCGCAUUGAUCCUGUCGGCGUUUUUAAUCGCUUGGAUAGCGUAUUGUAUGUUUUGUAAAGAACGUCAUAAGUCGGAACAUUAUCAGUACAGCGUGUCUGAUUUACGUCGUAAGAAUUACGAGAUAGCUCAAGAACAGCAGGAAAGUAACACCAAGGAAGUCACUGCUGGUAUAUUCAUGGUGCCGUCUCGACAUAAGCAGAAAGAAGACUACACUUACGAUAAAAGACCUGAUUAUCCAGAGGGUACCGUCAUGAAUCUACAGCCUAGGACUGAUAAACUGAUAGAGAUAUUUAAUGAUACUCCACAGGAUGUAGAGAUGAGAAAAUGUGUUGAGUUCGAUAUCGACUCAAACGUUCGAUACCAUAGUGAUGUAUAAAUGUAUUACGCAACAACUUGUUCGAUUACAAUGUACCGUUUUUAUUAUGUUUUAUUGUAUUAGGUUUCACUGUAUGUUAUUCUAAGGUAACUUAUUGAAAUAAAACUGUUUUUUUU